CUUAGGCAUUUUCCAAUGUCCACAGAGGAAGGGCAGAGCUCCCGUGUUAUCGUCAAGAACCUUCCAAAGCACGUAGACAAUGCUCGAUUAAAAGAGUUCUUCGCAGCACACGGUGAAGUUACCGACGCUCGUGUGAUAAAGACGAAGGACGGCCGCAGCAGAUGCUUUGGCUUUGUCGGAUUCCGCUCUCCUGCUGAGGCUAAGAAGGCGUUGCGGGCAGUUGAUAAUACCUUCAUGGACACGAGUCGAUUGCAGGUGGCCAUGGCCCUCGCCGCACAUUCUACGAGGCUGCCGAGAGCGUGGAGCAAGUACUCCAAGGCGACGCAGCAAUCACAGGAGGACUUGGCGGCUUCCGGCGUACACGGUACUGGAAAGUCUAGGGAGGAGCGACAAGCUGAGGAGACCAAGCGUCGGGAUGCUGUCAUUGCAGGGAAGGCGGAGAAAGUGGAGCAUGUCGGCGUACGGAGAGGCAAAGCUGGUGUUGCAAGCGUGCGGACCCAUGUAGCGUUCAAGGACGACGAUGAUUCUUCUGACGAGGAGGAAGAGGACACUCCGGUCGAAGAUGAACAACAAGACAUCCAGACCUUGGAUGUAGACGCCACUGAGGAUCACCCCACUGCUGCCGAGAGCGGUUUUGGUGGAGGUGCUAGUGAUAUGGAUUUCCUACGGAGUAAGAUGGUGACGUCUGAGGGGGAGGAGAAGGAUAGCGAAGCGAAGGAGGCAAAUGACGAAGAUAACGAAGAGGAUGAGGAGGGGUCGGAGGCAGCGGGAGACGAUUCCGAUGCCGUCCUGAUGGACACUGCGAGGCUGUUGUUGGUCAACUUGCCGUACAUUGCUACAGAGGAUGAUAUCAAGAAGGCUUUCCAGAAGUUCGGGUCUAUUGAGGACGUGGUGGUGCUGCGGGAUGAGGAUUCGAAAAAGUCUCGCGGUAUGGCCUAUGUGACUUAUCUAUUCCCGGAGCAUGCCGUGCGAGCUAAGGCUGAGAUGCAUGGGAAAGUCUUCCAAGGCCGCGUACUGCGUAUCAAGGCAGCACAGGCUCGACCGAAGAAGCAUGUGGAACGGGACGAGAAACGCCUUAGUCGUAAGCAGGAACAACUGAAGAAGCGGAGGGAGAAUGCGGAACAACAUACGUGGAAUUUGCUCUUCGUGUCUGCCAAUUCGGCUGUCACCGCCGCAGCUAGCAAACUUGGUCUGAACAAAGCUGAUGUGAUGGAUGUAGAGGCCGACGACUUGGCAGUACGUGCAGCUGUUGGCGAGACUGAGGUCGUGAGGGAAGUCAAACAGUGGCUGAAAGAGGAAAGAGUCAGAGUGGACGCUUUCGAGAGGAAAGGCACGUCGUUGUUGACCUCCAAGGCGACUACUUAUGACGCUGAGUCACCUAAGCCUAAGGGGACGAAUAAGGGGGAGAAGCCGCAGCUAUCACGGUCGAAGGAUACGCUCAUUCUUAAGCACCUUCCGGCCGAGUCUGUUACGCUGGCAGAACUGAGGGCGGUGAUUGGGAAAUACGUCAGUGCGGCCAAGGAUAGCGAGCAUUCAGCUCUGCAGAAGUUGCUGCUAGCCCCGACUAGGACAGUCGCCAUAGCUCAGUUUGUGGACCAGAAAACUGCUCAACAUGCCUUCAAGAAACUCUCAUAUCGCCGAUUCAAAAACGCGCCGCUUUAUGUCGAAUGGGCACCGGAGAAUAUAUUCGAGCCGAAGUCGGAACAGAAGGGAGUAGGGGAGGAGACUCGCGAUGAGCGUGAAGAGGCUGAGGAAGAAGUGUCCACUCCGAUGGAAGGGGUAGAGCAUGAGACAGUUGAAGUGCAGGAGCAGCCGAGGAGUGCAUCGAAGGAAGAGGAAGAAGAAGCUGUCCAGGAGGAGGAGGAAGAGGAAGAGGACGGUGCUGGUAGUGUCAGUGUGUUCGUUAAGGGUUUGAGCUUUGACACCACUGAGGAGACACUCCGGGAGCACUUCAAGAAACAGGCAGGUUACAUCAAGUGCAGUAUUUCUCGAAAGACUAUGCCUGAUGGCCGCCAGCUGUCCAUGGGCUUCGGCUUUGUCGAGUUUAAGAAUCACAAGGCUGCAAAGGAGUGCAUCAAGCGUCUGCAAGGGAGUUCACUUGACGGGCGAACGUUGGAGCUGCAGAUAGGUAGAGGAGGCAAGGCCGGGGGUGGGAGCCAAAGCAAGAUAGGCCAGGCUGGCGUCACUAAGGCGGAUACGAAGGGGGCUACUAACAGGCUAUGUGUUCGAAAUGUAGCUUUCGAGGCAUCACGUAGAGACAUUCGGAAGCUGUUCUCAACCUAUGGCAAUGUUGUGGCAGUACGCAUGCCCCUUAAGGUUGAUAGGAGCGGUCAUCGAGGAUUUGCUUUUGUCGAGUUCGUAUCGAGAUCGGAGGCCCUCGCUGCGAUGGAGGCAUUACAGCAUACACAUCUUUACGGAAGGAGACUCGUGCUGGAGCCAGCUGCUCAUGAGGAUACUUCGAUCGAGACCGCGAAGUUGAAGCAAGAUAUGAAGGAUGAGAGGAAGCGCCAUGAGAAGAUGAACGAGUCGGCGAAGCGACGGAAAAUAAACUCGCUCGAAGAGUAGCUCUAUGAAGGCCCGCCGGAAUUUGGCACAAUCGCCCAACGUCUGUUCACGUAGUGUU